AGUGGCUUGAUGAAAAACAUCAUUACUGGAAACACAAUGAAUCGACUAGCCGAAAAGACUUUACUAUUACAACAAAAGAUGACGGGACGGGUAAAUAAAAAGUGUUAAAUACAGUGAAAAUACAAACGAAAAAUUGCCAGACAACAAAAAGAAAACACUAAAAACCACAUAAAACGUAAUGGAUCAGCCACCCGAACCGUCAACAUCGAAAGGGAAACCAAUAUCCGAGUUACAUUUUAACGCAAUAAGCAAUGCGAAUAGCUUUCGAAGUAAUAAAUCGACCAAUGACCAAACGAAACUAUUACCAACGAACCAGAGACCUGUCAUAACGCCAACCUCUCAGCAAUCCUCACAUACAAAUGGAGGCCAUAAAGGUAAUAACAGUUCGUCCGAAGGACCGUCAACGAGUCCCAGCUCAUCUACUAGUCCAGUACUAUCACCAAUUACUUCACGUCCGAAACACCAUCACAGCACGAGGUCAUUACGUUCAGGAGCAGCUUCAGCGAUGCAUCAACAAGGCAAUGCAACAUCUAGUCCAAUGGUAGCACAUGCUACACAACCAUUCCUAUCCAGAACCGGUUCAUAUGUGUUUAGUGAUGCAGGAUCUGGGCGAAUGUUUUCGGAUGGUAUGUCGGUGCGGUCAUUAGCAUCGAUUGGAAUGGGCUCGACUGACGGGAGGAAAAUGGUGAUUCGUAGGGUGCCUAAUUCGCCUACGGAACUGCUGAGUAUUGUGAAUCAAAGACCUGUUGACCAUGAUGACGAUGACGAGAGUUACGGUGGCUUGUCUGAGGACUCUGAUACAGCACAUCUGAAGCCAAGACGCCAAUAUUGGGCCAAUAAAAUGCAAUUCGUGCUGGCGUGUAUUGGCUACUCUGUGGGUUUGGGCAACGUUUGGCGCUUUCCAUACCUUUGCUACAAAUCGGGCGGAGGAGUGUUUUUAGUACCUUAUUUUAUCAUAUUGGUGGUAUGUGGGAUUCCAAUGUUAUUUAUGGAACUAGCGGUUGGUCAAUAUACCGGAAGAGGUCCGAUUGGAGCGAUAGGACAAUUAUGUCCACUGUUUAAAGGUGCUGGGUUGGCCAGUGUGGUUGUAUCAUUCUUAAUGUCGACGUACUACAGUGUUAUCAUAGCGUAUUCUAUUUAUUACUUCUUCACAUCAUUCAAACCCGAAAUGCCAUGGGUGGAUUGUACUCCACGAUGGACAAGUCCUGACUGUUGGAUACCCGAACGUUUAGCAGCAAAUAUGACGAGACCACUAAAUUCCCGCACUCCGUCCGAAGAGUUUUUCGAAAACAAAGUCUUACAAAUUAGCAGCGGUAUUGAACAUCCCGGUGGUAUGAGAUGGGAAUUGGUUGCUUGUUUGGUAUGUGCGUGGAUUCUGGUCUAUUUUGCAAUAUGGAAAUCGAUAAAAUCUUCAGCAAAGGUACGAUAUGUAACGGCAACACUACCCUUCGUUCUGAUUAUCAUCUUCCUCGGACGAGCACUCACCCUUGACGGGGCAGAACUUGGCCUGCGAUAUUUUUUCCAACCGAAAUGGGAACUUUUGGGCAACGCUAAUGUGUGGAUUAACGCAGCGGCUCAGAACUUUAACUCUAUGGGCAUAGCAUUCGGAUCGAUGAUCUCGUUUGCUUCCUACAAUAAGUACAAUAACAACUUCCUUCACGACACAUUGGCCGUUUCUUUUGUCAAUGCCAUUACCAGCUUAUUGGUUGGAAUAUUUGCAUUCGCUACGCUUGGCAAUAUUGCAUUGGAGCAGAAUACAUCAGUGGAAGAUGUGAUCAGUGAUGGCCCUGGACUUAUAUUUGUCGUUUAUCCCCAAGCCAUGGCAAAAAUGCCUAUUGGACAGUUUUGGGCCGCGCUGUUCUUCUUCAUGCUACUGUGUCUCGGAUUAAACAGUCAAUUUGCAAUCGUCGAAGUGGUUGUUACAUCCAUUCAGGACGGCUUCCCGAACUGGAUUAAAAACAAACUCGUCUAUCACGAACUGCUUGUACUGAUGGUUUGUGUCGUGUCAUUCUUCUUUGGACUGCCAAAUCUGAUACAGGGCGGAAUAUAUUUCUUCCAACUGAUCGACCAUUACGCAGCAUCGAUAUCCAUCAUGUUCUUGGCAUUCUUCCAGAUGAUAGCAAUCACUUGGUUCUAUGGUGUUCGCCGAUUAUCGAAAAAUAUCAAACAAAUGACGGGAAAGGGACCGUCAUACUACUUCCGAUCGUGUUGGCUCGUUGUUGGACCGCUUUUGUUGAUUAGCUUAUGGAUUUUCAGUUUGAUCAAUUACAAACCUCCGACAUUCCACAACGGAAAAUAUACAUAUCCGGGAUGGGCUCACGGGCUUGGAUGGUCGCUAACAGCUGCGUCAUUAGUGUGUAUACCCACAUACGCUUUAGUAAAUAUUAUUCGAGCCGAAGGUGACACAUUUUUAGAGAAACUAAAAAACACAACGCAGCCCAACAUAUACGAAUGUAAGAUUUGCGGCGAACAUCAUUGCGAGCAUGAUUUCCCCGAAGACCAAAGUGUUCAAGAAAUGGCACCGAUUAUGCCAAUUGUUCGGCCACAGAAUAUCGUCCUGCAACCACCACCGCCAGGCAACCGAGCGAAUACCACCGCAAAUCACGUUACUGCCGAUGGUAAUCAAAAUAACCGAAACAAUGAAACUCAAGACCAGUAAAUUUAAUAUGGAACUAAAUCCUCUGGCACUCUUCCACUUCAAUCAAUUUCCCAAAAUAUAUGCUGUUCUGCAAUGGAAGAGUGUGUGACUAGGUUUUUUUAGUAUAAGUUAUUACAGAAAGGAAAAGAGGCUGCGCGUGAGUUAAUUACCAUUUUCUAUUUGCGAGCAGGUGUGUUGAUUAAGGUUGUGAAAAAAUAAGAAAAUUUUUGAGUCGAGCGAUAUAAAUCUCUGAAGCCCAAUUAAUUUAUUGUUCUGAAGAAGAAGACAAAAGAAUUGUAAAAAAAAAUCAUCCGAAAUGUGAGCUCAAUAAAUCGAUUGUAAACGAGAAA